AAAAAAAAGAUGGGAUUUAUUUGACAAAAAUAAUAAUGUAUCCUACAUGUAUGUGUAUAUAAGUGUUUUUAUUUCCUGCGUAGAUAUGAUAAGUACAUGAUAGAUACGAUUUCGCAUCUGUUUCGGCUUCUCUUUUUCUCGUCCACCAACAGAACUAUUUCUCCUCUUUUGUAGCAAUAAAAUAAAAUAAAUUUUCUUCAGGAGAAUCUCUCUCCAUUUUUAGGAUUCUUCUUCUUCUUCCAUUAGUCUCUAUUGAAUCAGAAUCUCGACUCUCAGGUUGGAUUUUGAGAGCUAUUUAAUUAAUAUCAGCCGUAUUAAUUAAGAUGAUGGAAAUAGCUUAUCAGCCUCGGAUUGAUUCCGAGAUCGAAUCACUCGUCGAGAGAAUCAAUCCUCCCAGGGUUUGUGUAGACAACGACUCAGACCCAGAGUGCACACUUAUUAAGGUAGAUAGCGCGAACAAGUACGGGAUAUUACUGGACAUGGUUCAAGUGUUGGCCGAUCUUGAUCUCGUUAUCUCCAAAUGUUACAUCUCAUCCGAUGGUGAAUGGUUCAUGGAUGUGUUUCACGUGACAGACCAACUCGGGAAUAAGCUCACAGACCGAAGCCUUAUUCUCUACAUUCAACAGGCAAUAUGUUCUAGUAGAACGGGAGGUAUAACAAAGGAGAUGCAGAGUAAUCUAAAACGGGAGGUGCAACAGCGCCACGUUUCAACAGAGCACACGGCCUUUGAGAUAACCGGAAUCAACAGACCGGGUCUGCUGUCCGAAAUAUCUGCCGUACUUUCCGACAUUGGAUGUCACGUGACAGCUGCAGUGGCAUGGACCCACCACGAGCGAGCGGCGAUGGUGAUUUAUCUAGAAGACGGGUUUAACGGUGGGCCUAUAAUCGACCCAAUAAGAAAGGCCCAAGUAAAGGAUCAUCUUGAUACAGUCAUGGAGGCCCAUCACAGAGUUGGCGAUGUGUCUCAUGUUGUCGUGAGGGUUGUCGAGGCUAAAGGAGCUCCCGUCGGGUGGGCUCACACUGAGCGACGACUUCAUGAGCUAAUGUACGGCGAAGGAGAUUACGAGAAUUGCUUCGACUGCGAUUGUUUCGGAGACAGGUGCGAUGCUUUGUGGAGAGGAAGAUGCGAGAGGAUACACGUGACGAUCGAAGCAUGUAAUGGCUAUUCAAUGGUGAAUGUUAAGUGUAGAGAUAGACCAAAACUACUUUUCGACACGGUGUGUGCUUUGAAAGAGUUACAAUUCGUAGUGUUUCACGCCGUCGCAGGAGCUAAAGGCUCCACGGCAGAGCAAGAAUAUUUCAUAAGAAAGAAGAACGGGUGCACGUUAGAAACGGAAGUGCAAAGAGAAAGACUAAGACAUUGUUUGGUUGCUGCGAUUUCGAGACGUGCUUCACGAGGUUUGAAACUCGAGAUUCGGACAGAGAACAAGAUGGGUUUGUUGUCGGAUGUGACUAGAGUCGUGAGAGAAAACGGUUUAUCGAUAACGAGAGCUGAGAUGUGCACGCAAGGUGAGAUUGCGGUUGGCUCGUUUUAUGUCACCGAUGUGAAUGGAGGUGAGACGAAUGCGAAUGCGGUUGAAGCGGUUGUACGAGAAUUAGGUGGAGCGGUUGUGUCAGCGGUUAAAGCGGUUGGGAUGGUGCCUACGAGGAUGGGUUCGACGAGUGAUAGUGUGGAGCAAGACAAAGCUAAGUCAUCGAUUGGGAGAUUGUUUUGGUCUAAGUUAGAGAGAUUGUCAACGUCUAUAAGAUCGUUGUGAAGUGUUUCAUUAGAGGAUUUUGCCUCUCUCGUUCUGGUAAUUAUCGUUGUAUAUAUAUAGUUUGAUUUAGGAAUAUUUGAAGAUUGAAAUGAAAUUCAUAUAAUUGGUUUUAGAUGUGAACUAAUGAGAUAGAUUCAUUCGAA